AUGCCCACCCACACCGGCACGACCGUCAUCGUAACCGGCUCCGGAGGCGGCCUCGGCAAAGCCAUCGCCGAAGCCUACCUCGCCGCCGGCGCCAACGUCGUCAUCUCCGACAUCAACCAGUCCCGCAUCGACGCCGUCGCCGCCGAGUACCGCGACACCUACGCCGGCCGCCUGCACGCCAUCGCCGUCGACGUCACCUCCGAGGCCUCGGUCGACGCCCUCGUCAAGGGCGCCGUCGACCGCUUCGGCCGCCUCGACGUCCUCGUCAACAACGCCGGCGUCAUGGACAAGUUCGACCCGGCCGGCGACUGCGCCAAGGACACCUGGGACUCCGUCCUCGCCGUCAACCUCACGGGCCCCUUCCUCACCACCAAGGCCGCCGUCAACCAGUUCCUCGCCCAGGGCGCCACCUCCGCGAGCGGCGGCCCGCCCGGCCUCAUCAUCAACAUCGGCUCCAACGCCGGCUGGCGCGGUCUGUGUUCGGGAGUCGCCUACACGGCCUCCAAGCACGGCCUGAUCGCCGUGACCAAGAACACGGCCGGUUUCUACGGCGAGAAGGGCAUCUACUCCGUCGCGCUCUUGCUGGGAGGCAUGGACACGACCAACAUCAUGGAUGCCUUUGCGCAGGGCGUCAACCAGGCGGGCAUGAUGAAGACGGUGGCCGCACAGCCCGAGUACAAGCGGGGCGAGACUGGACUGGAUCCCGCUGCCGUGGCAAAGUACUGCAUCUUCUUGACGGAUAAGGAUAUCGCCUCAUCAGCGAACGGAAGCUGUAUCGUCUUCAACAAGAACUGGCCUCCUGCAUAA